AUGGGUCUCUUGGUGCAGCUUCGUCUUCUGCUGUGGAAGAACUUCCUUCUGCGCAAAAGACAGAAGUUGCGGUUGGUGAUUGAGCUGAUAUGGCCCCUGUUCCUGUUUUUUAUACUGGUGUCUGUGAGAUCUACCAAUCACCCUGUCACAAAAGGAACAUGCCAUUACCCCAACAAGCCAAUGCCCUCAGCGGGGGUGUUACCGUGGUUACAAGGCAUGGUGUGCAACAUACAGAAUCCCUGCAAAAGUGAACCAACUCCUGGAGAAGCACCUGGUCAGGUCAACAACUUUAAUAGCUCCAUCAUUUCGAAGACUUUAACAGAGCUUCAUUCUCUAAUAAUUGACUCCUCACUGCUGUCUGACUUGAAACUUCUCUCUGCUGAUAUCUACAAAUUAGCUUUCAUGCUUGAGAAUUCAAACCCAGCCAAUGGUCGUACAAUUCCAAUACGCAGUUUACUGAAAGACAAUGAGACCUUCUCUUCAUUCCUGAGGAACGACCUGGCACUUUCAUCUAAUACCGUUUACAGACUGACAAGUGUGAAACUUCGACUCAGUCAGUUACCAGCUUUCUCAAGUGUGACGGAUAUUCACUCAGUCCUGUGUAAUAACUAUUCUCUACUGCGCUACUUUGAGUUCAGCUCCUUUAGUAAUAUGAUGGAGUUCCAGAAUAUAACCUGCUCCCUGACUCCCAGUCAGCUUUAUCAGGCACAAGUGGUUUUCCUCCAGAACCUGGACAGCAUGAGGCUGAUGGCUGCUCUUCCAAUGGCGCUAAAUGUAAACCCUUUACAGUUUGGAUAUCUGCUUGCUAGUACCAGCUUCCAUGCAGCUCCAGUUUUACAAGAGGUGUCCAAACUUCAGACCUUGUCCCUACUCAGUGCUAUGGACGUUCUAAACUUCAGCUCAAAUCCCCUUGGUAGUUUGAUGAUGGUCAUGUGUGGUGGAGAUUCAAGCUUCAACUCGAGCGCCGCAGGACCAAGUUUUGGUGGCUCAUCGAACACAACAAGCGCACCUAGUACAAACACAACCCAAGGCAACUCAAGUGAUUUCUGUCUAAAUUUGAUCGAAACCCUGAAAAGCACGUCCUCCCUCCGUCUCUUCUGGACCUCUUUCCGUCCACUUCUCCUGGGACGAGUCCUAUACACACCAGACACCCCCUUCACACGCCGGGUUAUGACACAGGCCAAUAGUACCUUUGAUGCCCUUGCUAAAGUGAGCGGGCUGGCUAACACCUGGUUGGAGAAUGAGGAUACGAUCUGGAACUUCUUUCAGAACAGCACACAGGUCAACACUCUACGUGCUGUGCUGCGGAACCCAUUUUUCGCCACGGCUCUUGAUCAGCAGCUACAGGGAAGCAAGCUGUCCGCGGGCCUGAUUGCCAACUUCCUGUUUAAUGGCGAAGAAAAGGAUCGACCUCCAGUGUUCCCAUCGUUUGACUGGAGGAACGUCUUCAAUGCCAUCAGCCAGAUUGCCAGACUAAUCAAGCAGUUCAUGGAGUGUUUUGAUCUGAACAAGUUCGAGGCGGUGGAGAGUGAGGCAAUGCUUGUGAAGGAAGCACUGAAGCUGCUGGAUGAGGAGAGGUUCUGGGCUGGGGUCGUCUUCACUGAUCUGAACACCAGCGAUCCAUCACUUGUCAGAUACAAGAUCCGCAUGGACAUCGACGACACUGAGAGGACUGAUAAGAUCAAAGAAAGGUCCUGGUCUCCAUCGGCUCGUGAUAACCCUUUCAAUGACCUACGCUACGUGAGGGGAGGCUUCAUAUACCUGCAGGACAUGCUGGACCAGGGCAUCAUCCGGACACAGACCGGCAUCAGGCAGACUCUCGGGGUGUACAUGCAGCAGAUGCCCUACCCAUGCUAUGUGGAUGAUGUCUUUGUCUCAUCUAUCGCUAUGAUCCUGCCCAUGCUUCUGGUGCUGGCCUUCAUGUACUCUGUGUGCCAGAAUAUCAAAGGUCUGGUCCUUGAGAAAGAGUUGCGACUGAAGGAGGUGCUGCGUGCCGUGGGUGUGAGGAACGGCACUCUCUGGUUUGCCUGGUUUACAGAGAACAUGGUUCUGCUCGCGGUGCCGUGUGCACUGAUUAGCGUGAUGGUAAAGUUUGGAGGUGUUCUGCGCUACAGUGACCCGUCUGUCAUCUUCGUCUUCCUGCUGGUGUUUUGCAUGACCACUGUCAUGCAGUGUUUUUUAAUCAGUGUGUUUUUCUCGCGGGCGAACCUGGCCGCCGCCUGUGGGGGUCUCAUCUACUUCCUGCUUUACCUACCACACAUCCUGUGCUACGCCUGGAGAGACGUCAUGACCUAUCGAGUCAAGACUUUGGUGAGCCUGCUGUCAUGUGUGGCAUUUGGCUAUGGCUGUGAGAAUUUUGCGAGGUUUGAGGAGCAGGGCAUAGGUAUCCAGUGGAGCAACAUCUUGGUUAGCUCACAGGACUCUGACCCCUACACUUUCUUCAUCUCCAUUGUCAUGAUGUUGAUUGACACACUGCUCUACUGGAUCCUCACCUGGUACAUUGAAAAUGUCUUUCCAGGCCAGUAUGGCAUUCCAAAGCCCUGGUAUUUCCCUGUAACUUGCUCCUACUGGACUGGGACGCCAGCAGCCACGGACACAGAGCCGAUCCCUCUCGACACACUAGAGAGCCAAAACGGUUAUCUGGAAAAACCUUCUGCAAACCUGAAGGCUGGUGUGUCCAUAAGGAAUCUAGUGAAGGUCUAUAAGACCGGAAACAAACUGGCUGUGGAUAAACUCAGUCUGGACUUCUACCAGGAUCAGAUCACCUCGUUCUUGGGUCAUAAUGGAGCAGGCAAAACCACCACCAUGUCCAUCCUGACCGGUCUAUUCGCUCCCACUUCCGGCACAGCCUAUAUUAAUGGCUUGGACAUCCGGACCGAUAUGGACAGUAUCCGUAAGACUCUGGGAAUGUGCCCGCAACACAAUGUCCUUUUUAAUGAUCUCACUGUAGAGGAGCACAUUUAUUUCUAUGCCCGACUGAAGGGGCGGAGCUCCAAAGAGGUGAAUCAGGAAAUUGAUCAGAUUAUCAAAGACGUGGGUCUGCCACAUAAACGCAAGGAACUCUCCAAGAACCUGUCAGGCGGCAUGCAGAGAAAGUUGUCAGUCGCCAUAGCCUUUGUGGGCGGGUCAAACGUGGUGAUCCUGGACGAACCAACAGCGGGAGUGGAUCCCUAUGCCCGAAGAGGAAUCUGGGAACUGCUGCUAAAAUAUAAACAAGGCCGGACCAUAAUCCUCUCGACGCACCACAUGGACGAGGCUGACAUUCUGGGUGAUCGUAUAGCCAUCAUUUCUCAUGGUAAGGUCUGCUGCUGCGGUUCCUCCCUGUUCCUAAAGAAGACCUACGGGAGUGGCUAUUACCUCACUUUUGUUCGUGCCAGUAAUGAAAGAGUGACAUCACAAGGCAACACUGGAAACUUCACACGGCAACAUCAGCUAAGUGAAGACUCUAGUGUGGAUGAGGGGAUCAGCUCUGACAGCGUCAGCACCACAGAAUCAGACGAUGUUUCAGAAGUCACCUCUCUGGUGCGCAUGCAUGUCCCAGAGGCGGAGUUACUAGAGGCCAUAGGACAGGAGCUGAUGUAUCUGCUGCCAUACGCAGGCUCAAAAAAUGGCAGUUUUGCAACACUUUUUAAAGACCUGGAUCUGGAGAAGGAAAGGCUGGGUAUCAGCAGCUACGGCAUCUCAGACACCACUCUGGAAGAGAUAUUUCUCAAAGUAGCAGAGGAGACGGGUGUGGACGUGGAACCAACUGCGCAAGACUCGCUACAGAGAGAUAUGAGGAAAAUCUCCAGACAUUCAAGAACCCCCAGCAUAAGGUCAGCCAUGGAUCCCAGAGGGAAUGGAACAUCUCAGCACGUGGAAGUGAGAGCACGUUUCUCAAAUCGAGUUGAAGAUGGACGACAUCCUGCAUGUGUAAACGGUAAAAGUUCAUCUGUUCUCACCGGCUGGUCUCUGAUACGACAUCAGUUCAAGGCAUUGUUCAUUAAGCGCUUUCACCAUGCAAGAAGAAGCAGGAGAGGAAUCAUUGCUCAGGUGGUCCUCCCGGCUUUCUUUGUGUGUUUGGCUCUGAUCUUCUCGUUGAUUGUCCCACCAUUCGUGGAGUAUCCAAGUCUAGAAUUGCAGCCCUGGAUGUAUGGCAAACCACAGAAUACCUUUUACAGUGUUGAUGAUAAGGAUGUUGUACAGGUGAACAGAGUAACUCAUGCCCUCCUCAGUGAUCCAGGGUUUGGGACACGCUGCAUGGAGGGCGACCCCAUACCUAAAUACCCAUGUGUUCCUUCUGGAGUGACAGACUGGUUUACUCCUGUAGUGGAUCAGUCCAUCCAUGACAUCUUUCAGAAUGGGAACUGGAGCAUGCAGAAUCCAUCUCCUGAUUGCCAGUGCAGCACUCCCAAGCGCAACCUCAUGCUUCCAGACUGUCCUCCUGGUGCUGGAGGAUUACCACCCCCUCAGAGAACACAGAGCACCACCGACACCCUGUAUGACCUCACAGAUCGAAAUAUGACUGACUACCUGCUCAAGACCUAUGCCAAGGCUGGAAAAAUAAGGUACGGUGGGAUCUCAGUCGGAGGCAUGAACUCACAGGUCAGAAUGAACGAGACUGAGAUCAUCGAAUUAAUUUCAGACCUCAAGACCAUCCUCAACAUAUCCCAGAAUGCUGUACUUGAUAAGCUGUUUGACGACUUGGAGACACUGUUAGUGGAUUUGGGAACAAGAGAUAAUGUGAAAGUCUGGUUCUAUAACCAAGGUUGGCAUAUAAUAGCAUCAUUCCUAAAUGUUGCCACCAAUGCCAUUCUCAGAGGAAAUCUUCCAGCCGGUCUGCAGCCCAAACUAUACGGCAUUUCAGCAUUUAACCAUCCACUCAACCUCACCAAAGAGCAGCUCUCCGUUGUAAUGGCAUCAAGCUCUACAGAUGUGGUGGUGGCGAUAUGUGUCAUCUUCGCCAUGUCCUUUAUUCCGGCCAGUUUCGUCCUCUUCCUCAUCCAGGAACGCGUCAGCAAAGCCAAACACCUGCAGUUUGUCAGUGGUGUCAAUCCUACUGCUUACUGGGUGGCCAACUUCACCUGGGACAUGUGUAAUUACAUCGUUCCAUGCAUUAUUGUCAUCGUCAUCUUCCUCUGCUUCCAACAAAAGGCGUAUGUAUCCCAUGCAAACCUUCCCGCACUCAUCCUGCUCCUGGUGCUUUAUGGAUGGUCCAUCACUCCGAUGAUGUACCCGGCCUCGUUCAUAUUCAGCAUUCCCAGCACGGCAUACGUGGUUCUCACCUGCAUCAAUCUUUUCAUCGGCAUCAAUGGCAGCAUUGCUACGUUUGUCAUGGAGCUCAUCAAUGACCCGAACGUUGCGGAUGUCAAUAACAUAGUGAAGCAGGUGCUGCUGAUUUUCCCUCAUUUCUGUCUGGGUCGUGGCUUAAUCGACAUGGCUAAGAACCAGGCCAUGGCAAACAUCUUCAGCACCCUGGGAGAGGACAGGUUUGAGGACCCUCUAGGCUGGAAUAUGGUGGGGAAGAACCUGUUUGCCAUGGCAGUAGAAGGCGUAGUGAUGUUUGGCUUCACCCUCCUAAUCCAGUACAAGUUCUUCUGCCAGUCAAGGUCAGUGACUGGAAUGGCGAGAGCUAAACCAGUGGAGGAUGAAGAUGUAGCUCGAGAGCGUGAGCGAAUGCAGAGUGGCGGUGCUCAAAACGACCUUCUGAGGAUCUGUAAUCUCACCAAGAUGUACUCUGGUAAGAAGGUAGUAGCUGUAGACGGGCUCUAUGUGGGUGUACCUACUGCUGAGUGUUUUGGCCUGCUAGGUAUAAACGGGGCGGGUAAAACCACCACUUUUAAAAUGCUGACUGGUGACAUCCGACCUUCCAGUGGAAAUGCCUUUCUUAAUGGAUAUAGUAUUCGUACACAGAUGAGGCAGGUCCAUCAGAAUAUGGGUUACUGCCCUCAGUUUGAUGCCAUUGAUGAUCUGCUAACAGGACGGGAGCAUCUGGAGUUCUAUGCUCGCCUCAGAGGGGUACCCGAGAGCGAGGUCACCACGGUGGCAGAAUGGGGCAUACAGAAACUAGGGCUGGUGAAGUAUUCCAACAAAUCUGCGGGUACCUACAGUGGAGGAAACAAACGCAAGCUCUCUACAGCCAUGGCUCUGAUUGGCUGCCCUCCUCUGGUCUUCCUGGAUGAGCCGACCACAGGGAUGGACCCUAAGGCUCGCCGUUUCCUGUGGGACUGCAUUCUCAGCGUGAUCAAAGAGGGCCGUUCCGUCGUCCUCACCUCACACAGUAUGGAGGAAUGUGAGGCUCUGUGUACGCGGAUGGCCAUCAUGGUCAAUGGCAGGUUUAAGUGCCUGGGCAGCAUUCAGCAUCUGAAGAGCAGAUUUGGUGACGGCUACACAGUGAUAGUUCGUGUAAAGGGGGGGCUGACUGAUCUGAGUGCAGUAGAACAGUUUGUGAGAGACACGUUCCCCGGCAGUGUGCUGAAAGAGAAACACCACAACACCCUGCAGUACCAGAUGCCCAGCACAGAGGGCGCUCUAUCACACAUCUUCAGUGAGUUUAGUACUCAUCAGGACAUACUGGGAGUGGAAGACUACUCUGUCUCUCAGACCACACUGGAUCAGGUGUUUGUGAACUUUGCCCGGCAGCAGCAUGACGUUGAGGACUAUUCAUACAUCAAUCCUCUAGAUCUGAGCGAUGAGAUCCCCAUGCAAAAAUACUAAUCACACACACACACACACACACACACACACACACAGAAAAAGUCUAGUUUAUGCUUCUUUAAAUGGUCAGAUGAUAGAUGGGUAAAGGUGUGUCAAUUCAGAAACUUAGUCUGUGAAUCUGAAAUGUCAGAGAGUUGAGAUUAGCUAAUAAAAGGGUCAUUAUCUGGGCAAAGUGGCUUUUGAAGUAAAAACAAUUACAUUUAUUCAUAUAAUUUAAAAAAUCUUUAUUUCUCUCUCUAUAUAUACACUAAAAUUUCUCCCACAGGAGCUUAAGACUGCAGAAAUUUGAUGGGGCACGGACUCCACAAGCUUGUGUAAAUAUUCUGUAGGCAAUGAACACCAAAGUUCCUGCAGACAGUCCACAAUUCUGUUGUAUUCCGAGGUGUAGGAUUUCUGUUCCACAGCAUGUUGCAUGGCAUCCCAGAUGUGUUCGAUAACGUUGAGAUCUGGUGACUUAGGUGGGAAUGGUAAAACCACAAACUCCCCAAACCCCAAGAUGAGACAUAAUUUGGUGUCUCUAUGCAUGUGGUGGUGCAUUGUUCUGUUGAAAGAGGCCAAACCAAUUGGAAUAAAUGCAGGACAUGAAUGAAUGUAACCCAUUAGAGAAGAGGCACACACAGUGUUCACCUGUCAGAGACAUUUGAUGUACCAGGGGUCCCAUGGAAUGCCAGCUAAACAAAGGCAUAGGUACCAAUUUUCCUGGCACUUCAGUGUAUGUAGUUUAUGAGAAUGCGUAGCACAUAUUUACUUAAUAUUUGAAAAAGGUUAAAGUGCUUAUAUUCAUAACACCCAUAACCCCACUAGCCAAAUAUUCAGGAUAGUGAGCUUUUAAUAUAAUGUUGAAUUUUAUAUAAAAAAAAAAAAUUGCUUUAACUUAAACAGUUUUAAAUCUAAGUCUUAAAUAACAUAUACAAAAAGAGAACAAAUAAUUUUUAUUCAAGCCACUUUCAACCCCCAUUAUGCCACCUAAUCUAGAUAAUGACCCAAAGUUGUCUGGAGUGUUAACAGAGCCUCAACUCAGCUGCUGUAGGUAUGACAAACUGGUAAACAAAUAAUAGUUUCACAUACUGUUAUACUUAUUAUAUUAUACACACCUAGUAUAGUAAUAGAUUAAAAUGAAGCUAGGCUAUAUUUUCCUGUUCCUUUAUUUCUGCACAUUUCAAUUCCAUCAGGUUCUUUGUUUCUGUUUAGAGACUUUUUUUAACAAAGCACAGUGAAUAGGUUUUUCAAUAGAGUAAAACAUCUUGCCAAAUGGUUAAGUUUGCAACAGCCUGAUCUAUUUCAGACCUCCUACUGAUUUAGUAAACCAUUAAACAAUGAACAUCAUUUAUUUAUUUGUGUUUAUAUACACAGAAGCACUCAGGUAUUUUAUAUCUAAUAGCUAUUUUUCUUAUUGUUAGUAAUCACCCAUUCUAUAACUUUAUAGAACUUUAUCUUAUAACCUCUGACAGAUAAUUCUACACUCUACAUGAUGAUUUAAUAUUUUAUGUAUAUUUUUAAAGAAAGAAAUGUAAUAUUUAAAGAUGUUUUAAUGUGAUGAAUAUUAGCAUAUUAUUGCUAUAUUCUUUUUUUGUAUUUUGAUGCUAAAACACAGAUUUAAAAUUCAGUGGCAAUGUAUCCAGUAACCUUUCCUAGCUUAUGCAAACAUUAUAUGUAAUUUUUCCUUUGGCUGCAUCUGUAUGUUCAGUGGCCACUAAAGUGGAUCACUCUGGUCUGGAAGUUUUACUCAACCUUUCCUGACGCAACACUCCUUAUUUAUUUGGGCUUGGGAUCGACACUGAGGGUGCACCAAAAAGCUAGAUUGUUACAUCAGCAAUUGGAGUCUCAGUGGUAAUGUGCUAUAUAAUAAUAAAGAAAUAAUUGUAACAAACCAUCACACGGUAAUAAACUAAAAUAAAAAAGUAAAAUAAAUGUCUUAAAAUGCUGGCCAAC